UUGCCUAAGCAAAAGACAUGUAUACUUGAUCUUCACUAUAACACUCCAAAGACUACAAUGGCUUCUUCUUUGCAUACCUUUGUUCUUGUUGUUGUCCUGUUUGCCCUCUUCUCAAUUCAAACCGCCACGUCUACUUCUCACCACCAUCACCACCACCACCACCACCAAUACGAAAUCAAGUCCAUCCACUUCGCGCUCUUUCAACAAGAAACCAUAAACAAAACCGGGUAUUUCAUAGUAAAAGGUGUGGCCGGGGCUAACCUUUCUCUAACAACAGCUCCUUUCGGAACCUUGUUCGCCUUUCAGGACCCCAUGACCAUCAAAGCGAACAGGUCUUCAAAAGUGGCGGGUACUGCAGAAGGAACUCUCAUCACUUCUAGCUUAGAUGGCCUCCGCAGCCUUUCUAUAAUCUCUAUCACUCUCCGCCUGAAGCACCACAGUGGCUCAAUAUCCAUAGUCGGAGGCACGCACAACACCAAGCCCUCGGAUCAUCCGGUGGUGGGAGGCACCGGUGACUUCACUUUUGUGCAAGGCUACGUUACCUCCUCCCCCGUCAUUCUCAAGGGCAUCACAGUCACCUACAAGAUUGAAUUUCACCUCUACUGGCCUCCCUACGCGACUCAGCUUCAAGCCUCCUCCUAGACUCUUGCUCUGUUUCUGCUAGUCUCAUUUCACCUUUUCAAUGUCCAAUUCAUCCAGAUUUAUGCUUUGUUACCCAUCUUUAUCUUUCCUCUAAAUUUUAAUGUCAUACGAUAGUUUAGAUUGUCUAGACAUUAAACAUGAAAUAAAAAGCACGAUUGUUUUUUAAGGGAUCGGAUU